UUUUAGGUGUAGUACUUUGCUAAUGUAUAUACAGAUUGAUGGAUAUUGAAUACGAUUCCGAAACAUUGUUUGCUGAAGAUGAUGGAAAGGAACACGAGAAGACUGGCAAAAAUGCAAAACCUUCCGAGGAACAAAUUUUGAACGACCUACUGAAGAAAGAUGAACGGAAGAUUCGUAAGCAACGUACUGUGAGGAAUCCAAAAUUGCGAGAUAUUGAACUUUGUGGGUCAAAUGGUUUCCUCGAAUUGAAACGAAGUUUCGAUAGUUAUAUGCCGAAGAAUAAAAAUCCAUAUGAUGAUUUGCUUGCAAUGAUAAACGGAAUAGAACAUUGGGGACACCUACUGUGUCCUAAAAUGACAUUUGAAGAUUUUGUGGCUCGUGUGGAAUCCCUGAGUGAUAAAAGAAUGAUAAAAACAAUGUUGACAAAAAUGCGACUUGAUAUGCCUUUGACUGAUGAAGACUUCGCAAACAAAGAAAAUGAAGAGGAUGUACAAAUGGCUGUUAAAGGAAAAAAUGAGCAGUUCACUGAUAUGUUACUGGAUGACACAGAUCUGUUUGAAAUUCCCGACAAUUUGCCAUCUGCGCCUGUUACAUCGUAUCAAGCAACUUCACCUUCUAAAUUCCCUGUAUCGAAAUUAUCAUGGGAGCAGUUACAACGUAUUGAAAAAAAUAAACGUCGUGCGCAAGAACUCCGUGUGCAACGUGAGAAACGAAUGAACCAGUUGAAUGUCUUUGAUUCAGUUGCAAAGAAUGACGGUCCACCAGUUUGUACUGAGACAACAAGCAGUAUGCCGUUCAGAUCAAAAUCGUUUGUUCAAGAUGAGGAUUCAGGAAAGCCCGAAGAUGACGUCGAUGUUAUGAUGGACGAUAGCGAGGCAUUAGAUUUCAUAUUCUCUUCAAAUUAA